AUAUAAGUGUGUAUGUUGGGUUGCUCACCCCUGGACUUUGCAUUCUUUGUCAAAACUCCCCGACCCGUCUAUAUAACACCAUAACACUUUACGUUUGCACUGGGACACACAGAUACUAUUACUGAAACAGGGUUUGAGCUGCAGUCAUGAAGGUGUUUGUGGUACUUGCAUUCGCAAUAUUCACUGGGUGCCAUGCCGACGCUCUGUUCACGGACCAAUCAAAGACGGCGCUGGAGCUGGUGACAAAUGCAUUCUGGGACUACGUUUCCGAGGCGACGCGGAUCGCCGAAGACACUCUGAAGAUCAUCAGAGAGUCUGAACUGGGCAAGGAAGUCAAUGCUCAGAUCACAGAGGGCUCGGACGGCACCGCCGAAUACAGAGAAACUCUGCGCAAGGUUACCCCUCUGACCACGGAGCUGCUGGACAAGAUUACCCAGGAGGCCGAGCAGCUGAAGGCUCGUCUGGAGACGGACGUGAGCAAAGUGAGGGUCCAGCUGGAGCCCUACGCCGAGGAGCUGAGGACCAGCAUUCAGCAGCAGAUGGAGCAGCUGAAGAGGGAUAUAGACCCCGUCAUAGAGUCCCUGGAGCCCGAGGCCCUGAAGGCCACCCUGCUCCAGAAGAGCGAGGAGCUGAAGGGGAGCCUGGAGCAGAGCGUGAAGGUGAUGCACUCCCAGCUGGACCCCCACACUGUGGAACUCACUGCUAAAGUGGACAAGCACCUGGAGGAGCUCAGGAGUGGUGUGGUUCCCCUGGUCGAGAGCUUCCAGACCCAGCUGUCCCAGUCAUCUCAGAAACUUCAACAGGACCUGGCCGCCUAUGGUGAGGAACUACAAACCAAGAUGGAGGCCUUCGGUCAGGACCUGAAGGCCCAGGCAACUGCAUUCUGGGAGAACCUCACAAAGAACUUCUAGAGCCUAAAUAAUCUUCCUUAAUGUGUUCCCUCCUCUCUGUCCUAGAGAGAGCUGAGCUGUCUUUGUAUGUGUCUCAUACUUUGCUAACAACACUUUAAAUGAAGACACCCUGUUAAGAGCCAGGUGAUGAAAUGACACCCAACUUCAUUGCAAAGUAAUGUUCACAAUUUAGCAAGAAUCCAAGAUCAAUUUCCUGCCGAAAUUGCCAUUGUAAAUGUAUAUUGUACAUGAGCAUUCAUUUUUCAUAGUGCUGAUUCAGGACUGAACUUGGUGAGGAGAGGUUUUUAUGUCAAAGGUGGAUAGUUGUGAGAAUGUCUUACAAAAAUUUUAUUUCAUUGACUAAUAUUAUAAAAAGUAACAGGAAAAGAAAUAUUUGGGGAAAAAUACCUUGAAUUCCAAUUUACUUUUAGAAAGAAUAAAAUCGUGACAACAUGAAA